AUGCCGUAUUUGUUGACGGCUCGCGUCAACUGGGCGUCCUCAGAAAACCUCCACUGCAAAGCCAUAGCAGAAUUCAGAGGAGACGAGAGGUUCUUCAGAGGAAGAGACGCUUCCUCCGGUUCUUCACCGCAUCCUCGCCACUGCCAGGGGAAGAGCUUCAUUCUAAACCAGGACUUCUAUCUGGAUUUAUCCGAGGAUAGUGGAAGGAUAACGCCCUGUGACUAUCUGGAGCUUUCUUUGAAGCCAGAUGAUGACAGAAAAAGGGAUGUAGUUGCGAAAAAUGAGAUACGGGCCUCCAUUCUAGCCCUAUUUCCAGAUAGAGAAUGCUUCACCCUUGUACGGCCUUUGAACAACGAACAUGAUCUACAGAGACUUGACGAAAUUCAGUUGGACAAAUUAAGGCCUGAAUUCAGAUCCGGGCUAGACACAUUGACAAGGUCUGUUUUUGAAAGAACAAGGCCGAAGCAAGUUGGGGCAACUAUGAUGACGGGUCCGGUUCUAGUUGGCAUCACACAUUCUUAUCUUGAUGCUCUAAAUAAAGGCGCGGUGCCUACCAUAUUGUCUUCAUGGCAGCCUUCAUCUGCUACUCCUCCUCUCCGCCUUCACCAAUUGAAUGCUUUGAGGGAAGAAUUCGCUAGUAGUUUGGCUGAGAAGAUUAAAGCUGCAAAUGCAAAGGCCCAUUUAUUUGAGAGAGAGAAAAAGAUACUGGAGCAGGAGAAGAUCUUUCUGGGGCCGACAUGUGAAUCUGAAAUAAAAAGACUUGACGAAGUCCAAGAAACGUGUAAAAUGGCUGAAAAAGAAGCCACAAGAGCGACUGAUAUUGCCGAUAAAGCACGAGCUCAAGCAGAUGUUGCUCAAAAGGAAAAGAGUGAGAUGCAGAAGUUGGCAAUGGAAAGAUUGGCCCAAAUUGAGAGGGCUGAGAGGCAUAUUGAAAGUUUGCAAAGGGAAAAAAGAGCCUUGGAUGAUGAGUUAGAGAGAAUUCGUGUAUCAGAGACGGGAGCUCAUCUGGAGGCAAGAGUUGAAGAAAGAGAGACGGAAAUAGAAUCAUUAUUAAAAUCAAAUAAUGAGCCAAGAACUAGUACUGUUCACAUCCUUCAAGGCCUUCUGGACAGUGAGCGUGCAGCACACGCAGAUGCAAACAAUAGGGCAGACUCCCUGUCUCUUCAGCUACAAGCUGCACAGGCAAAACUUGAUUCACUCCAGCAAGAGUUGACUUCUGUUCAGCUGAAUGAAACAGCACUGGAUAGCAAGCUAAAGACUGCUUCCCACGGGAAAUGCUCAAGGGUAGAUGACUGUGAAAUGGGCAUGGACUCUGUUCAAGACAUGGAGAUGAGUGACCGGACUGUAAGAGUAAAUAAGAGGUCUAGAAGUAAUACUAGCCCUCUAAAGCACAAACAAGCAGAAGAUGGUGGUUCAGUAUUCAAGGGAGAUGAGGAUACCCGCAGUCAGCAAACUAACUCGGAAGACUGUAGAAAGUUCAGUGUCACAAAAAUUAAGCAAGAACUCACAAAAUAUAAUUUUGGUGCCCGAGUGCUGGAUAUGAGAACUGGUGCUAGCAAAAGAGAACGGCUUGAACUGUACGAGAGUUGCAUGCUUCAGAAGUCGUGAACAGUUGAAGCUCUUGUGCAGUAGGAGGGUAAUGCGUAAUCUACACAGGUAGUUGUUGCCGUGGAUUAGUCCAGGACCUGGCAAGAGCUUCAAGUUCUCGAUGGUUUGGUUUUAUGAUAGAUCUCACCAGAAUUGGUGCAAAAACUAUCUGUUAUUCUAUUGUAACUACAAAAUGGUUGGAAUACUAGUGCUUUAGGCUACUGACA